GCUGGGAUAUCCGAGAUCGCAACUGCAUAAGCUUCCGUGCUAGAAGGUGGUCCGAGGAUUGCAUCUCCCUCUGUUGAAAAAUGAAGAAAAAGAAAAAACUAAAUUCCCCCCCAAAAAAGAUAGGUCCCAGCAAUGGAGGGAUCAGGUGUAGAAGGCACGAGAAGGUGUGGUUGGAAGAAGCAAGAGGCUGCAAACUGCACACCUGCUUACAUGACCCAGAGGACUAAUCUGCACCCUGGCAUAGUUGACACACAACUUUCCUCCCUCCUGUUUUCUGCAAGAUCUUCAGCGACAAGUCGUGGCUUAGUGUGAGAGAAGAGUGUCACGGAGAGCUGGAGAGCUGUGAUAGGCACCUCUUUCGCACUACUGCUACAUGGAGCUUGCACAUCUCAUUCAGAGUUCGCAAGUGGAGAAUGUACGGGUGAGCUGCCCCCUGACACCUCCUGUGGCCGGGACCCUAUGUGUCAGCAGUCAUCACUUGUUAUUCUCUGCCUAUCCUGUGGAAGGGAAGAGACAGGAGAAAUGUAACUUAUGGCUUCUGCAUUGUGCUGUGGAUUCAGUAGAGAAAAGUGUUCACAACAUGGGCAUGCUUAAAGGCAAGGAGAGUAGUCAAGAUGGAGAAGGCAGAAGCAGCUCCGGCAUUGUUACCCUGAGGUGUAAGGACUUGCGGGUCAUUCAGCUAGAGAUACCUGGCAUGGAGGAGACACUGAAUGUUGCUCGUUCUGUGCAGGCUCUCUCCUCUCUAGACUCCAUUACUCUCUGCUACCCAUUUUUCUUCAGACCACCGGGAUGCAAGUUAGGGAAAGGAUGGCCAAGAGACACGAUGGAAAACUUUUAUUACAAACUUAAAGAGCAAACUGACUCUUGGAGACUGAGUGAAGUGAAUGAACAUUUUAAGGUUUGCCCUAGUUACCCUGAAAAAGUAAUUGUGCCCGUAUCCUGUUCUGAUGAGACUCUGAGGCGGGCUGCAGCAUUCAGACAAGGCCACAGAUUUCCCAUAUUGAGUUACUACCACCGGACCAACAAAAUGGUCUUGUUGCGCUGUGCACAGCCCCUUGUUGGUCCUACUCGUCGUUGGUGUGAAGAAGAUGAGAUGCUACUCAAUGCUACUUUAACUGGGCAGCUACGUGGGUUUAUUAUUGACAUACGUACUGAACAAGAAGCCAAACAAGCUAGAAGUGCAGGGGGCGGCUGUGAGAGUAAAGACAGAUACCCCAAAUGGAGAGUGCUCCACCGACCGUUAGGGAGGGGACAUGUGCUACAGAGCAGCCUGUCACGGUUGGUUGAUGCAUGCUAUGAUCCCUACCUUGGAAUGAGUCGUUGGAUCAGCAGGUUACAAUCUUCCCACUGGAUGUCCCAUGUCAAAGAAGCCCUAAGUACUGCAGGCCUGGCUGCUGAAUGCAUAGAGAGGGAGGAUACAUGUGUUCUUGUACAUGGGGAAGAGGUGGCUGACAACACUCUAUUGGUGACAUCCCUUGCUCAGCUUAUUCUGUCCCCCGACUGCCGCACAAUGUCUGGAUUCCAGGACCUAAUUGAGCGGGAAUGGCUACAGGCUGGGCACCCAUUCCAUCUUCGCUGUGCCAAGUUUGGGUGGUCACAACGUCGCUCUCAACAAGAGUCACCUAACUUUCUGCUUUUCUUGGACUGUUGCUGGCAGCUCACCCUGCAGUUUCCUAGGUCACUAGAAUUUAAUGAGACGUUUUUGUGUACACUGGCAACACACGCCUACAGCUCGGAGUAUGGAACCUUCUUGUGCAACAAUGAAAAGGAGAGGCGUUUGUACAAGGUGCAGGAGCAGACUCAUUCUCUCUGGGGUUCCCUUAAUAACUUCAAGCAGAGGCAAAACCUCCUAAACCCAAUAUAUGAAAAAAAUCCACUAGUCAUCUGGCCAUCAGUGGCACCACAAAGCUUACGACUGUGGGAAGGGUUCUUCCUCCGAUACUUACUGCCAACAAAACAUAGAGAGAUGUCCUGGCAACGAAUAUGGGAACUUGUAAGUGAGGACUACUAAUGACUCCGGUUUGUCACCAUGUGAAAAUUCUGCUAUCAAAGUACUAUAAGUUUCAACAGACAAAGUCAUGUGAACAGGACACAAUCCUCACGGAGACCAGUUUCAGACAAUUGUUUUUUUUAUUUUUCACACUAAAGAUCUGUUAUCUUACAGCUGCCCUUGCUCUGUUAUAAUUACUAUUUUUGUUAAAUAAAAAUAAAUACUCUAGAAUGCA